GGGAAAAGGAAUAAGGGACUCCCCAGGCUGUGACGUGUGUUGCCAUGGUGACGUCCAGAGAGCGUCUCGCGUUGGGAGGGGGAGGAAACGGAGGAAUGAAAACAAACAUGGCGGAAAGGAGCAAGACGGCAGAAACGGGUAGCGAUAUAGGAUUAGAUGAAAUUAUCACAGGGAAUUUAAGCAAAUAUGCUGCAGUUCCACCAGGUUACUUUGGACAGCCGAAAAAGGGACAUAUUAUAUUUGAUGCCUGCUUUGAAAGUGGCAACCUUGGACGUGUAGACCAUAUUACUGAAUUUGAAUAUGACCUGUUCAUCAGGCCUGACACCUGUAAUCCACGUUUUCGGGUAUGGUUCAACUUCACAGUUGAAAAUGUGAAGGAAUCCCAGAGAGUCAUUUUUAACAUUGUCAACUUCAGUAAAACCAAAAGCCUGUAUCGGGAUGGGAUGGCUCCAAUGGUAAAAUCCACAAGCAGGCCUAAAUGGCAGAGGCUGCCACCUAAAAAUGUGUAUUACUACCGCUGCCCUGACCACAGAAAGAACUAUGUUAUGUCAUUUGCUUUCUGCUUUGACCGAGAGGAUGAUAUAUACCAGUUUGCUUACUGCUACCCAUACACUUAUACUCGGCUUCAGCAUUACCUUGAUAACUUACAGAAAAGGAACAUGGACUACUUUUGCAGAGAGCUUCUCGGACUUAGUGUGCAACAGCGUCAACUUGACCUCUUGACUAUAACCAACCCUGUAAACCUUCGUCCUGGAGCAGAGCAGAAAGUUGUAUUUAUUACAGCUCGUGUCCACCCAGGGGAAACACCAUCAUCUUUUGUGUGUCAAGGUAUCAUUGAUUUUCUUGUGAGUCCACAUCCAAUUGCCAAAGUCCUCCGAGAUCAUCUGGUGUUCAAAAUUGCUCCUAUGCUUAAUCCAGAUGGAGUUUAUCUUGGCAACUACAGAUGUUCCUUAAUGGGCUUUGAUUUAAACCGGCACUGGGUAGAUCCAUCUCCUUGGGCUCACCCCACUCUCCAUGGUGUCAAGCAGCUCAUUGUUCAGAUGUACAACAAUCCGAAAGUUACCCUGGAAUUCUAUAUCGACAUCCAUGCUCACUCCACUAUGAUGAAUGGCUUUAUGUAUGGGAACAUUUUUGAAGAGGAGGAAAGAUUUCAGAGACAAGCUAUUUUUCCCAAGCUACUCUGCCAGAAUGCUGAAGACUUCUCCUUUUCAAGCACUUCCUUCAAUCGAGACGCUGUUAAGGCAGGGACAGGACGUCGCUUCCUUGGUGGGUUACUGGAUGACACCUCUUACUGCUACACCCUGGAAGUCUCCUUCUACAGUUACAUAGUUGGAGGGACUGCUUCUACAGUUCCCUAUACAGAAGAAGCAUAUAUGAAACUAGGAAGGAACGUGGCCAGAACUUUUCUGGAUUACUACAGGCUGAAUACAAUUACAGAAAGACCUUUGGCACCAAUCUCAAGUACAUGGAAGGAAAAAGCAUCCUCCUACAAAUGUGCAUAUCAUCGAGGCCAAGGGAAUAACCAAAGUGCCAACAAGCUAGAGAAAAGAUCCCAGACAUCUCUUAAGGAGCAUACUUUCUCAUCAUAAAGCACGGAAGAGAGACACGUUUCAGAGAAUCUGGGACCAGCACUUCAGGCUUUAAAUUGGAUUGUUUACCUCCUUCCUUUCAGCCAAUUAUUUUUAAGAGUUAAGUGCAGAAAUGCUUUACUUACAAAUGCUACAAUUGAUUUUAUUUUUGGUUGAUUUUCUUCUGCCUCAAAAGCAUGCCAACAGGUUUAGACAUGUCAUUCUUUUCUGCCUCAUUGGCCAAAAUCCUCUUGUGUAAACUUGUGCGGUGUAGGGCAAAUGAUGUCACCUGCGGUGACGUGACCCAGAAUCCAAGCAGGGACUCACUACAUGUACAAUGAGAGAUUGCACUGGGGACUAAUGAGCAGCCACUAAUGAAAGAGUUCCCUACUUAGAUUCUGGGUGAUGUCAUUUGUCCUAUGCCACAUAUGUUUACACAAGAGGAUUUUGGCGAUUAAAUGCUUAUAAAGCAAGCAAAAGCCAACCUUUUCCCUGUAACUCUGAAGCACUAGGCAGAGCAGGGGAAGCUUUCCAUGGUGGUGCAUGACUUUCUACAUGUUGUGGUCUUAAAUCCUGAGCAUCUUUUGCAAGUGAUAUAUACUAAAGUGAUAAAUUUCCAGAGGUUCAGGUCAUGCUAGUGUUUUCUAUGGAACUGUGCUGUUAUUUUAAUAUCUAGCAAUCAUUUUCUGUUUUAUUUUUGUUGCCACUGCUUCUGUUUAAUUGAAGAACUGAAGCAGGGAUAUGAAAGGUUUAAUUCAUACUCUCCUUAUUCUUAAAAGGAGCUGAAUUUGUUGACUAAUAUAGGACUAGUUAGGUAUAUUCAGUAUCACACAGACAGAUCAUUCUGUGUCUUUUUCUCACUUCUUUCCUAAGUGUAUCUAGGUCUUAGAUACAAGAACAAGGAAAAGUAACACCUGAAUGAUCUGAAGCAAGGGUGGAGAACAAUUGAUCUUCUGGAAGUUUUGGACUUCAGCUCCCCUAUUCCUGUACCAAUUCUAUGCUGGGAACUGAAGCUCAAAAGGGAUAAAGUGAAGGGAAAAUUCCAUCCUGUGCAUCUGGACCAUCUUAGCAUUCUGCCUUUACUAAAUGGAAUCUUUGGCCCCAGUCCAACUAAGUAAGGGCUGAACUCUUCCGGAUAUUGAGCUAUCACAUACAUCAGCUUUUUUUGGUGGGAAGAAGGAGCCAAGGGAUAAAAUUCCAGCCACCACUUCUGAAUAGCUAUCAGGUUACUGUUCAAUUUUCUGGCUUGAGCUGUGCACUCAUAGCGCUAGCAACCAAAGCAGAAAGACCUGUGUGAGUUUAGAUCUGCAUAUGACCUCAUCCAGGUAUAAAUAUGCACUUAGAAACCAAUUUUCAUGUUCUAGCUAAAUUGGAACAUUUGUGUAAGAAAACAACAUUGGAAGAACGGGAGAGAAGAAAUAUGAAUACCCCAAUAGGCAAACAAAUUGAUAAGAUUUCUUCUGUACCAUCAUCAUUUCAAGGUUGGACGUUAAAGUGUGCACAUUUUCAAAUAUGCAGAAGUCCUGUAAUCCAUGGCUUAGUCUUUUUCUGUCUGUUGGCAAAAUAAUGACUUGUCCGGACAGCCUGAUAAUUAAAAUGACCUCUUGACAAUCUGGAUUAGAAGUCAGGCAUUGGGGUAUAACAUGUCUUGUGAAUGAAUCUCAUUUAGUUUCUGACAUGUGUUUUUUUCUGAAGGUUUGAAAUGAAGGUUUUCAAGGUUGGUUUAUGAAGCAUGAGUGUCAUUUCAUCGGUUUGAUUAUAAUAAAAUAGUUGUAACAUUUGUUGUUUGCUCAAUGAAUUCAUGUUGUGUUGUAUAUGAAAUCAGGUGAAACCUGGUAGUUUGUGCUUGAAGCACCAAAUAAAGAAUGAAAUGCUUCUGUUUA